GAUGGAUGACAUUCAGCUUUGUAAAGAAAUCAGUCGGCUGAAAAAGGAGCUUCAAAAACUCAUAGCUCUUCCAGAGAACGAGAAGUCCAACGAGGAGAAGCAGAGGGAAGAGGAGCUGGUACAGCAGAUACAUAAGCUGGUGGAAACACGGGAUUUCCUGGUGGAUGAUGUGGAGUUUGAGAGGCUCAGGGAAAGGGAAGAAGACAAGGAAAUGGCAGAGUUCCUGCAAAGUAAGCUCACCAAAAGUUACCUCCAGAAAGCAACUCCUGUCAAAGAGAAGAAAAUGACUUCCAGGGGGCAGCAAACUUCCGCACCGUACAUGACCAAAACAGGCCUCACCCUGCUCAAGGAGUGCUGUGGCUUCACCUGCUCCAUCAUGUAG